AAAAAGGUACAGCUAAGACACACAAACACAAUCGAUGAAAUUAAAACUUUGACUUCAGUGACCCCAAACCUCAAAUCAGAAAACCACCGGAAAAAUCAACCUAAUUACGGUUUUUCGCGCUUGACGAUGCACCGUACGACGUCGUUUUCCUUCAGGUUUGCUGUAGAAUUUUGGUUGCUUUGAGAUGGUGGGUUCUGAGAGAGAGAAUGGUUCUUCACCAACACCACCGCCACAAAAGGCGGAGGUGAAGAAGUACGGUGUGAUGAAACCUAUAUCAUAUGCUGGACCCACUGCGGUUGACAUUCGCAGGAAUACACUGUUGGAACAGCUUUUGAGGGACUCGGGGGUUUAUGAGGGUGCAGAAGAAACCGCAAAACGAGAAGAGGUUCUUCGUCGUCUAGAUCAGAUCGUUAAAGAUUGGGUCAAGCAGUUAACCCGCCAAAAAGGGUACACUGAAAAAAUGGUUGAGGAAGCUAAUGGUAUUGUUCGCACCUUUGGAUCCUAUCGCUUAGGGGUACAUGGUCCUAAUGCUGAUAUUGAUACACUAUGCAUCGGGCCAUCAUAUGUGAACCGAGAGCAUGAUUUUUUCACUAUAUUACAUAAUAUAUUAUUGGGGAUGGAAGAAGUGGCUGAACUUCAGGCAAUUGACGAUGCUCAUGUUCCCGUGAUGAAGUUCAAGUUCCAAGGAAUAUCUAUUGAUCUUCUUUACGCUAGUGUAUCUCUACUGAUUGUUCCGGAAGAUUUGGAUAUCUCGCAUAAUUCUGUGUUGUACAACACUGACGAACAAACCGUGAGAAGUCUCAAUGGAUGUCGGGUUGCUGAUCAAAUUCUUAAACUUGUUCCAAAUGUCGAGAACUUCUGCACAACACUAAGAUGUUUGAAGUUCUGGGCUAAGAGGCGUGGUGUUUAUUCAAAUGUUACGGGGUUUCUCGGUGGUGUGAAUUGGGCUCUUUUAGUUGCUCAGGUAUGCCAGCUCUAUCCCAAUGCAAUACCUAGUAUGCUGGUUUCCCGUUUUUUCAGAGUAUACACACACUGGCGUUGGCCCAACCCCGUCAUGCUUUCCCCAAUCGAAGAUGAUGAUCUUGGGUUUAGCGUAUGGGACCCACGCAAGUGGAAAAGUGACCGAACUCAUCUUAUGCCGAUUAUCACUCCUGCAUACCCUUGCAUGAACUCUAGUUACAACGUUUCCGCAAGUACUCUUCAUGUUAUGGUCGAACAGUUUCAUUUCGGAAAUAAGGUUUGCGAGGAAAUCGAGUUGAACAGAGCAAAUUGGAGUGCUCUGUUUGAACCGUGUCUUUUUUUCGAGUCGUAUAAAAACUACUUGCAGGUAGACGUUGUAGCCGCAGAUGCUGAUGAUCUGCUUUCGUGGAGAGGAUGGGUGGAAUCCCGCCUUAGAUUCCUUACUUUGAAGAUCGAACGUGAUACGGUAUCGACGCUACAGUGCCACCCGUUCCCAAAAGCGUAUGCCGACACAUCAAAACCGUUUUCACAUUGUGCGUUUUUUAUGGGGCUUCAGAGGCAGCCAGGAGCGAAAGUCCAAGAGAACAACCAGUUCGAUAUUCGGAGCACAGUGGACGAGUUUAAGCUAGAGGUAAACAGUUAUGAACAUUGGAGGCCCGGGAUGGACAUCUUUGUGUCUCAUGUGCGUAGGAGAGACCUUCCAGCAUAUGUGUUUCCGCAAGGGCAUAGACGUCAACGACAAAUAAGGCACACUCCACAGUCGUCCACAACAACGUCAAAUCGAGAUGCUCGAGGCUCCAUUUCUCCGUCUUAUGAGAGGCGUUCCAAGAGGAAAAAUGAUGAGGGUUCUAAUGGGGAUGCUGGGCCUAGUAGUUUAAAGAAACAAGCCUCUGUGAGCCCACAAAGGGCUGAAACUGCUGGCCCAAUCACUCAAGGACUCACACCUGAGUCUCCGGUUCAACUGAAGGUUGUAAUGGAAUCCGAGGAUGGAGCAAAAACCGAAUCAAUGCAGCCACCCGCCAUAAGAUUGAGCUUGGAAUCAACGGCCUAGGCUGUUGAGAGCGCUGUUAAGUUGCUGCAGAGGGUGACCUUUGCGGCACUAAUCAGUCCCUGGUGUUUUGUUUUUGAACAUGGUACAAUGGAUAGUGUGUGAUCCAACUAGAGUCUAUAAGGCUUGUUUUAGACCUUAAAAGUUUCUUGUUAUGUUUACUGAUGUUUUUGGUUUGUUUGAGACAAAUUUUGUUGCAUGGAUUUUAUUUAAGCAUGUUUUAUGUUUAUCAUGAAAA